CGGAGCAGUCGCUGAAGCGAACAGUUGCUGCAUCGCUGCCGCCUCUCUCCAUCUGUUUCCGCUCUGUUCUUCUUCACAAAUCUGCGACUUCAGGCAAUUAUUUCAUUCAAGAGGAGGAAGAGGAGCUGAUGAAGGGUUCUUUUGGAUAAUUGCCGACUCACUCUGAACUGGAGGUGAGUGGAAGGGAUUUCUUGCAACGCCGCAAGGCAACUGGGGAUUCCUCCCUGGGAUUUAUUUGCUGGUUUUCUGCAGAGAUCUUUGGACAUUUUGUUGCGUUUUGUGAGCUGAAGCUGCCUGUAAUGGGGAACAGGUGGAAAUGUGAGGGUUAACCCCACCACUGCGCUGCAUGUUGGCAAGGCUUCCCUACUUCUCUGCAGCCAAAGAUCCAGACGCUGACAAAUUGCACCUCAAUCAGGUGCAACCUUGGUGUGUGCUGCUCUGUUCUGGGAACACUGGGAUCUGAAGUGAGUGAGCAGAAAUCGGUGAAAGUGGAAGUGGAGGGCGGUUCGGUCGUUUUGUGGACUCGGGGAAGAAGAUGCCAGCCAUCCUGGUGGCCUCAGCCAUGAAGUCAGGACUCCCGAAACCCAAACCGGUUCACAGUGCCCUCCCCAUCCCCCAGGCCCCCAGCAGACCGUCGGCCUUAGCGCUGCCUUCGGCGCCACUCAAGAGCCGGCAGGUGUCCGCCAGACCGCCAAGGAGUUCUCCGGAGUCGGAGGCAGCUGGAAACCCUCAGAUCUACACGGACUGGGCCAACCACUACCUUGCCAAGUCAGGACACAAACGGCUCAUCAAGGAUCUGCAGACGGACGUCACGGAUGGAGUGCUGCUGGCCGAGAUCAUACAGGUCGUCGCCAAUGAGAAGAUUGAUGAUAUCAAUGGGUGUCCCAAAAGCCGUUCUCAGAUGAUUGAGAACAUUGAUGUUUGUUUGAGUUUCCUGGCAGCUAAAGGAGUCAACAUCCAGGGUCUGUCUGCAGAAGAGAUUCGUAAUGGGAAUCUGAAGGCGAUCCUCGGCCUCUUCUUCAGCUUGUCCCGCUACAAACAGCAGCAGCAGCAGGCUCAGCGGCAGAACUCCCAGCCCAGCCUCCCGCCGGCGGCCCAAACCCAGAACACACACCCUCCCCUGAGCCAGCAGAGCAGCGCUCCGGCACAGCUCAGCCACUCUCCGCAUGGGACGCCCGCCCUCACAACACAGAAAGCAGCACAGGCCGAGAUGCAGUCCAGGGAUGGUUGUCAGAGUAAACUUCUCAAGUUUUCCAUUGGUCAAAAAAAGAGCUCUAGACUUCCUGGCCCGACAACAAGGGUGUCCACUGCUGGCGGUGACGUCCCUCCCAGAGGCUCGGUCAGCGCUGCUGGGAACCGGCGCAGUCAGGGCUGCAGUGACAAGACCAAAGCAAGUUUACAUCCGAACAAAGAUUCCUCGGAGGGCAUGACCUCACAGCUCUCUGUGAUGACUGAGCAUGCUCCGUCGUCUGCAGUGACCGUCGGCUCCUCCACCAGCACCAUAUCUGCUACCUCCCACUUGGUUCCUCCAUCUUCCUCCUCGGCCUCCCCGUCUACCGCCAUUCCUCAACCCAACAGCAGCAGCAAACCCUGGAGGAGCAAGUCAACGAGCACCAAGCACACCAACGCCCAACCGCCAUCGUCCACUAGCAACCCGGCAUCAGCAAUGCAGUCCAACAAGCCAGAGAAGGACGCAUCAACCAAGGUUGAAGCUCCUCCUAAAGCCACCACCCAGAAGUCGAUGCUUGAGAAACUUAAGCUGUUCAACAGCAAAUCAGGAUCUAAAGCGGCAAUGCCCCAACCGGACGGCGCCGCCCCAGUCCGGACGCCUGUGGAGAGAUCAGAAACCGGCUCCAACACUGACCCUUUAGAGGAAGAAGACGGCAACCUUCGACCAGGGAUGAAUGGGACAUCAGCUUCGACAACCGCCAGCAGCCCCAAAAUUGCUCUGAAGGGCAUUGCCCAACGCACUUUCAGCAGAGCUUUGACUGCCAAGAAGGGUUCAGUGAAAGGCCUGGACAAGGAGAAAGGGAAGGAGAAGGAGAAAGGGAAGGAGCUGGGCAAACGCGGCCCUGAUAGAACGGAGCUAAGGGGGGAGGAGCUUAAGGAGGAAGUAACGCCUGUUCCUCCGGAUGUGGAGGCGUCCAACAAAAAGACGUCCAAAAUUGCUAGUUUCAUUCCCAAGGGUGGAAAAGUAGCCAAAAAGGAGAGUUCCACCCCAGCACAAAGCGGAAUACCAAAGCCAGGAGGCAAAGUCCCGGGACCUGGGGGCAAAGCUUCUUCAGCAAAGGAGGCGGCGGAGAGGCCUCGGAGCAUGCGGCUGGGCGGAGGCGGGAUCGCCAUGCACCGCGGGCCUCUGGAGAGAGACAGGGACAGCAGGCACUCCAGCUCUACCUCCAGCUUGGCCUCCACUGAAGGGAAGCCCGGCGCCGCCCCGGUGGCGGGUUUAGGCACUACACAGAGCACGGCCAGCAACACUGUCAGCGUGCAGCUACCUCAGACGCAGCAACUGCACAGCCACCCCAACACGGCUACUGUUGCACCUUUUAUGUACAGAACACAAACAGAUGGCGAGGGAACGGUGAACCCAGAGAUCGGCUCAGUGGGAAGAGGCGGAGACGUUUCCUGCACAAAGACCAGCCAGACGUCCAUCGAAGACCUUUCAGGUGAAGACCCAGAGACCAGACGGCUGCGCACCGUCAAAAACAUCGCAGACCUACGGCAAAAUUUAGAAGAGACCAUGUCUAGUCUGCGGGGAACUCAGGUCACUCACAGCACUCUGGAAACCACCUUUGACGGCAGCGUUACGACAGACAUCAGCAGUGGCGGCGGCGGAUCGUCCGGCAACAACAGUAGCGGCGGCGGGAGCGGUCGAAGCAUCCUCAGCCUUACCUCUGCCCGCUCGUCACUGUCACCAUGGCGACUGGGGCAGUCCAGCCCUCGUCUGCAGGCGGGCGAUGCCCCUUCUGUUGGGAACGGCUACGGCGGGCGAGGGGGGCGCUACCUGUAUCCCGGGCACCUGCGCAGGCAGCUGGCCGGCAGGGGCGGCGCUCUGUGCGGCGUGGAGCUGGGGGACAGAGCCGGAGACGAAAUGGAGCUGGACGGCCCCGCCAUGGAGGUCACCGGCUACAUGAGCGACGGAGAUGUGCUGAGCAAGAACGUGGUGCGCCCUGAUGAUGUCACCAGUGGCUACAUGACUGAUGGAGGUUUGGGUCUCUACACUCGCCGCCUGAACCGACUGCCUGACAGCAUGGCUGCAGUUCGAGAGACGCUCCAUCGGAACGCGUCGUCAGGACAGGGAGACGCCGACAGCUGGGAUGACAGCAGUUCGGUAAGCAGCGGCAUCAGCGACAACAUCGACACAGAUGACAUCAACACCAGUUCCUCCAUCUCCUCCUACGCCAACACACCUGCAGCUCAGCGCAAAGGCCUCAACACACAGCCUGUGACAGAUGCGGAGAAGCACUCUGCCUCCACAACAGCUCACCAAGCUUGGACUGGAGACGAGGUGAAGCGGCCCGACGGCGGGCUGGACGGCGGCGUCAGGAUGGACGCCAAGUGGAGCCGCAGGAACUGCGACGUGUCCGAUGAGUCCGACAAGGGUUGCUCAGGGAGGAAGACGCCCUCUGUGUCCAACACGGGCUCCUGGAGGAGAGGCAUGAGCGCUCAGGUGGGGGUGACGUCGCCCCGCACAAAAAGCACCAGCAGCACUGGCUCCACGGUUUCAGUCGGCCUGAAGAGCCACGGCUCGGGUAAAACCGACGACGUUAAGGUGUCGGAAAAAGGUCGCCUCUCUCCGCGCUCUAACGGCCUCCAGCGCUCGCCGUCCGAUGCGGGGCGCAGCAGCGGCGACGAGGCCAAGAAGCAGCCGGCCCCCGCCAGCCGCGCCGCCGCCGCCCCGCUGACCCACACCGUCUCCGACCCGCAGUCUCACACGCUCAUGCUGUCGACCCGCACCCCGACCAGCACCUUCGGCUUCAAGAAGCAAGGUCACGGCAUGGUCACCAUGGUUACCGCGAGCGGCGCCACCAUCACCAGCGGCUCGGCCACGUUGGGGAAAAUGCCCAAAUCCGGCGGGCGCUCUCUAUCGGGCGGCUUAAAGUCGGGCGGGCAGGACGUGGGGUCUGCGUUGGGUCACCAUGACGACGGCUUCCUCCCGAUGAGCGCCCGGUCCACUCUGCAGUACCGCAGCCUGCCCAGGCCCAGCCGCUCGGGGGCCGCCGCCCGUAACGGCAACCGCUCGUCCACCAGCAGCAUCGAGGCGGCCGUGCUCUCCGUCACGUCUCACGGGAAAAACUCGUUUGGCGUCGCCAAGCCCAACGGGUCAGCGACGCUCCUGGCCAAUCAGACGGAUCGUGAGAAGGGCGUCUCCGAGAUCGACAACCUGAGAGGCGGGAUGCAGAGUGGCCCGGCGGCGGCGGCAGCGGGAAGGCAGCAGGUUUCAUCACCAACGCUUCGCAGGUUAUUUGGUGGAAAGGGCAGUAAACAAGCUCCAGUCACCACAGCUGAAAACCUGAAGAACUCCACUGUGAUCUCCAACCCCCACGCCACCAUGAACCACGUUCCCACGGUGCUGGAGUCGCCUGAUGGCGUGCUGGGAGGCGGGGACAGUGAGACCAGCAGCCCCCUGUUUGGAGGCCGAGCCCCGGGGUCAGGAACUGGGACUCUGGGCAGCGAGCAGGCCUCCAGCCCAGGAUCAAUGUAUUCCUCCACUGGUCCCUCCAACAGCCUGACAUGGGGAACCACCUUCAGCGGCUCGUCUGUGCCGAGCAGAGAGGGCACCCUGGGUGGGCACGGCGGCGCAGGCAGCGUGGGAUUCCCCUCAGUCAGCAGCAUGCACACCAGCAGCGAGUCCAUCGACAUGAGCCUGAGCAGCGCCGGCGGGCUCGGGACUCACCGGGAGGACACCAUCUCUGCUCUGGGUCGCGCCGGGAGCGUCAAGACCGGCAUGUCAGAGAGUCCCCUCUCCUCGCCCUCCGCUAGCCCCAUAUUCAGCCGAAACACGCUACCUCGGAGGCAGGACAGCGGGCCACAUUGUGGUAGAAACACUCUGCCUAAGAAGGGAUUCAGGUACGGUCCGUCUCAGCAGCUGCGAGGUCAUGAGGACCGUGAUUGGCUGCGCUCCCACUCCACCAGUGGGCUGCAGGACUCUGCCAGUAACUCACCGUUCUCCCCCGGCUCCAGCCUCACCUCUCCCUCUGGGACUCGCUUCAACUUUGCACAGCUGGCAUCCAGCCCAACCUCUGCAGGUCCGAUCAACCUCGCUGGUCUGCGCAACAACAGCCUGACCAAUCAGGACGCUCCUUUUGACCCGUGCAGCGACAGUCGACUGAGAAACUCCUGCAUGUCGCUGGACGAGAAGACUCGCACCAUGAGCCGGUCGGGAUCUUUCAGGGACGGCUUCGAAGAAGUUCAUGGCUCUUCUCUGUCUUUGGUGUCCAGCACUUCUUCCAUUUACUCCACGAACGAGGAGAAGUCUCAGUCGGAGAUCCGAAAACUUCGCCGGGAGCUGGAUGCGUCCCAGGAAAAGGUUUCCGCCCUCACCACGCAGCUGAGCGCCAAUGCUCACCUGGUUGCAGCGUUUGAACAGAGUCUGGGCAACAUGACCAUCAGGCUGAAGAGUCUAACUCUGACCGCAGAGCAGAAGGACUCUGAGCUGAAUGAGCUGAGGAAGACCAUCGAGCUGCUGAAGAAGCAGAAUGCUGUUGCUCAGGCGGCCAUUAAUGGAGUCAUCAACACACCUGAACUUGUACCCAAAGCAGAUCGGACAGCUGGCAGUAACGGUACGAUGCAGCAGCAGCAGCAGCAGAAUCAGCAGCCGGACCUGCGCAUCAGGCGGCAGCAUUCCUCCGACAGCGUCAGCAGCGUCGCCAGCGCCACCAGCCACUCCAGCGUGGGAUCCAACAUGGACGCGGACGCAAAGAACAAAAAGAAGAACAAAAAGAACUGGCUGCGCAGCUCCUUUAAACAAGCGUUCACCAAGAAGAAAUCUCCCAAAUCCGCCUCGUCUCACUCAGACAUCGAGGAAAUGACGGACUCAUCCCUGCCAUCCUCCCCCAAACUGCCUCACAACGGCACUUCGGCCUCCAGCCACAUCCUCAGGAACACACACUCCAACACUCUAUUGUCGGAGUGUUUGGACAGCGAGGCCGAGACGGUGAUGCAGCUGCGGAGUGAACUCAGGGAAAAGGAGAUGAAGCUGACCGACAUCCGCCUGGAGGCCCUCAGCUCGGCGCAUCAGCUGGACCAGCUUCGGGAGGCCAUGAACCGCAUGCAGCUGGAGAUCGAGAAGCUGAAGUCAGAGAACGACCGCCUGAAGCUGGAGAGUCAGGGCAGCAGGAUGGGAUCGCAGGCGUCCAUCUCGGCGUCUCCUCCGCCUCACACACAGAGCCAGAGCGCGGGCCCUGCUGCGGGCCCCGCUGGGGGCCUGUCCCAGCACAGCCUCAACCUUACCACCAGCGAGUCGACCAGUCUGGAUAUGCUGCUGGAAGACACGGGCGGAGACGGUGGGAUGAGGAAGGAAGGUCGACACGUAAAGAUCGUUGUCAGCCUCGACGAGGAGAUCAAAUGGGGGGAGGAGAGUCAAUCUCGCCACUUCCUGAUUGGUUGCAUCGGAGUGAGCGGCAAAACGAAGUGGGAUGUUUUGGAUGGAGUGGUCCGACGCCUCUUUAAGGAGUACAUCACCCAUGUUGACCCGGUGAGCCAGCUCGGCCUGAGCACAGACAGCGUUCAGGGAUACAACAUCGGUGAAAUCCAUCGGCCCAGCAGCUCCAGUACGGCCAGUACGCCUGAGCUGCUGCCCUGCGGCUACCUGGUGGGAGACAACACCAUCAACAUCCAGCUCAAAGGCGCGAGCAGUGAAAACGUCGACUCUCUCGUGUUUGACACGUUGAUCCCGAAGCCGAUGCUGCAACGCUACGUCUCCCUGCUGAGGGAGCACAGACGGGUCAUCCUGUCCGGGCCGAGCGGCACCGGGAAGACCUACCUGGCCAAUCAGCUGGCGCGACACCUUCUGCUCCUCGAGGGCCGACCUCUGACCCCGAACGCUGUCAUCACUUUCAACGUGGAUCACAAGUCCAGCAAGGAACUUCGUCAGUACCUGUCAGGAUUAGCCCAGCAAUGCAGCAGUGUUUCUGGGGAAGACUGCCCCCUGGUGGUCAUUCUGGACAACCUCCACCACGUCAGCUCUCUGGGAGAAAUCUUCAAUGGCCUCUUCAACUGCAACUACCAGCACUGUCCUUACAUUAUCGGCACCAUGAGCCAAGCCACAUCUUCAGCUCCAAACCUGCAGCUUCAUCAUAACUUCCGGUGGGUCCUGUGUGCCAACCACACUGAGCCAGUAAAGGGAUUCCUUGGUCGUUACCUGAGGAGGAAGCUAAUAGAGAUGGAGAUCGGCAGCCGGACCCGAAACGCAGAGCUGGUGAAGAUCAUGGACUGGGUGCCUCGGGUUUGGCACCAUCUGAACCGCUUCCUGGAGACUCACAGCUCCUCUGACGUCACAAUCGGACCCCGCCUCUUUCUGUCGUGCCCCAUGGACGUGGAGGGAUCCAGGGUUUGGUUUACUGACCUGUGGAAUUACUCCAUCAUCCCCUACAUGCUGGAGGCCGUACGCGAAGGACUGCAGCUGUACGGCCGCCGGGCAGCGUGGGAGGAUCCAGCAGCCUGGGUGAUCGACUCGUACCCCUGGUCAUCGACGCCACCGCCGGGCGACUGGCCACCGCUGCUGCAGCUCCGCCCAGAAGACGUCGGCUUUGACGGCUACUCUGCACCAAGAGAAGGAGUCAGGAAAGAGCCGCCGCAAAGCGACAGCGAUGCAGAUCCACUGAUGAAUAUGCUGAUGCGCCUGAAGGAAGCGGCGACGUCAUCGAGCCCUCAGAGCUACGACAGCGACUCCAACAGCAACAGUCACCAUGACGACAUCCUCGACUCAUCGCUGGAGUCGACCUUAUGACAUCGCAGAAGCACAAAAGCUUGACUCUUUCUACGCCGUUCUCACCGUGAUGAGAACUUCCUGGCACAAAAUGCAGCCACAUUUAUCUGGGUGCAGGUAACCCAAGUGUUUAAAAAAAAAAAAAAAAACACGUUUCUUCAGCACUGCCGUGAUUUUUUUAUUUAUUUUUUCCUUCACCGCUGUGGCCCCGGGUUCCUCUGUCAGGAGUCUGACGACUGCUUCAGCAGAAAGUAGAAGCACACAGCCUGUGCCUGUUGAUGAGGCGUCCCGGUUACCAUUAUCAUAAGUCAACGGUUUACUUUAACACCAGCCAAGUGAUCGACAUCCUCCCCCGUGCUGCAGCGCACCGGACCCGCCUGCAGGUGGCGAUCCAACCCAUGCUCUCUUGCACUGUGAGCCGGCGCAGCGACCCACUGCUGGAUGAUGAACAAUCAGCUCGUCCUCUGCAGACCUAACCAGCCAAAGUGAAUUUUCAGUUCAAAACCCAACAUUUUAUUUCUGAAAAUACACUGCAAAAAGUUUAUUUUUUGGUUUAGUUUUUAGUAAUAAGACAAAACUAUCUUUUCAGCAAGACAGAAGAGAUUAAUUUAAGCAAAUAAUUCCUAAAUAUUGAUGAAACAAAGUACUUGUUCCACUGGCAGAUUAUUUCUCUUACAUCAUGGGAUGAGAAUCAACAAAUAUGUGCUGCUAUGAACUAUCAAUACUUAAUAAUACGUCUUAUUUUGUUUUAUGAUCUAAUUAAACUAUUACACAAGACACAUUGUUAUAAUUAAGCCUACGUUUUUCUGAGUAACAUUUUAAAUUUUGUUAUAUUUGUCAACAGAUUCCUAUAGUCAUUCUUUAAAUGCAGAUAUUAGGAAAUUAUAUUUGUAGCAAAUUGUGUAUUUUGGCUAUUGGACAAGAUCCUAAUUUGACACAGAUUUUUUUUUAAUUUCUGUAAUAAAGAGAAAAAAUGGAGCAGAAAAUGUGUCAUAUUUACUCUAAAACUUGAAUGAAAAAUGUGAAAAAUUUAGUUUUUUCAGAUUUUUGUACUUCUAUUUUGGUUUCUACUGAUAAUAAAAACAACCCAAACUCUUAAAACCCCAAAAAGACUUUUUUUUAACAACAUUUAAAUGUUUUUUUUUUUUUUUUAUAGUGUCUGGAAAAUGGACUGCUUCAAAAACUUCCGGAAUGUAACAUCUCAAAUCAGCAGGCACUGCCCGUUACCUAGCACUUAAAUACAUAGUAUGUUAAAAAGAAUUCAAUAUGAAAAUAAAACAGGACAUACAGCACAAGAUGUUGAAUGACUGCCGGAAAAAACAAGUGUCUUGUUGAAACCACUUUCUGCAUUCUUAUUGGUUGGGCAGGAGGUUCUACUUCUGCUUUUCAAAGAUCUGCAGACUAAAAUCUCAAUAUUUAUGAUUGAUUUUGUGGCAAAAAUGUAUCAAACAUGUUUUGUAUCGCCUACAGACCGAUCCUAACCUGUUCAGGGAAGCAUCAGAGGUGACUAUGAAGCUGAAAUUCACUUUGGAGGGAUUUGUCCUUUAAAUGGCUGGCUGAGAUGAUCUGUGUCCUGAUUUCUUCUCUAAUUCAUCGCUUCUUUCUUUGAGCCCUCUGAUCUCUCUUCGCACAUUUGGCCCAUGCAGGCUUUUGUAGCACAAAUCUCCUUGUGGUGCUGGACUGAGUUCCAACAAACAAUGCCUUACUCUUUGCUACCAGACUACGUGCAUUAGCUGAUUUUGUUUUUGUCUGAAUGGCUGUAAAACGUAACAGGGCUCCAAAAGUCGUCCUCUCCUCGAGCGGCUGCAGUUAUCGAGGAGCGCCGUCGACCUCUCAUAUCAAUCACCGUUGCCGUGGGAACGUUGAAUAGAUGCGAAUCAGAAGCAGUACUUUUGGAUUAAAGAUCUAUUUUUUGUUUGUUGCUCUUUUUGCAUGAGUGGUCUGACAAGAUUGUAAAUAUGAACUGCAAGACAGGAAAAUAUUUCAGUGUGUUUUGGUGCUUAAAAUCAGAACCUGUUGGUGACUGAGGCAAGUCAAAGACUUGAUUUUAUACCUCAUCUCCCAUCUUUUAACUGUUUUCUUUUCAUUGUUUUGUUCUGAUUAUCAACAAAACUCAGACAUGUUUAACUAGUUUUAAAGCUGCUUUGUUUAUAUAAAAAAAUAUACGUAAGAGGUUAUUAAUAUAAAAGGUACGUGUGAAAAAUGAGUAAAACUGGUUUGGCAUGUUUAUAACUUUAAACCCUUCUCUUUUCUCCCUUAAACCUUCAAGCCUGCCUUCAGAGAGGCUCAAAGCCAGAGAAUUAAAGUCCAUAGUUUCAGUAUUUUACUCACCGAUCCUAUGCAACAUUUAAUCCAGAAAUGAAAACUGAACAUAUGUUUGUCCCCCAGUUUGAAGAUGUUUUGCAUGGCACCAGCUUUCUGGCCAGCAUUCUGUGACAGCGUAUUAUGACCAUAAAAAGGAGUAAGUUUCUGCCAAAUAAAAAACUCAGAAAUUUUCAAAUUAAUCUGAGAAAUUUUUAGAAAAAAAUUCGGAAAUUUCUGAGUUUGAAAAAUCAAAAAUUCACAAAAAGAAAUCUCUGAAAUUUUCUAGAAAAGUUUUUGCAAUUUCCGAGUUUCAAGUUAAAUAGUUGCUAGAAAAAGAAAAACUCAGAAACUUUGAAAUUAAUUUCAAAAAAUUGUGAGAAAGAAAGAUUGAGGUCGCUGUCAGAAAUAACAAAUUUUUGACUUUUAGAGCUCAAAAAUUUCCCACAAAUUUCUCAGUUUCAAGUCAAAAAUUUGCAAAGAAAACAAAACAAAAAAACCUACAAAGUUGAGAUUAAUUUUUAAAGCAAAACCUUGAAAGUAUAAAGUGAAACAUUUGUAAUAAAAAUCAAAAAUUUUUAGAAAAGUUUUUCCUUGCAAAAAUGAAUAAGAAAAUAUCCAAUUUGGAAAUUAAUUUCAGAAAUUUUUAUAGAAAAAAACUUAAAAAUGUUUUAGUUUCAAGUCAAACAUUUCCAUGUAAAUUGAAUUUUUUUUAUAAGUCUAAAAAAAUGUAUAGAAAAAAAAUCCUUUUUAUGGAAAUUUUCAGGGAUUAAUCUCACAUUUUAAGGGUUUUUUGGCAGAAAUUUGACCCUGAUACACUAUCUUAGUUCUCAUUGUCUUUGUGUUUUCUGGUUGCUUUAGUUUUAAUCCCGCUGCUCUUGUUGCAAGCACAAAACGUUCUGCAAGUCCGUGCAAAGCCAGCUCUGUUAGGUGUGAAUGUCUGAAGCCUUUGACUGGUCCAUCAUUUUAUUACUCACAAACUUAAUGAAUGUUUAGAUUUCAUAGCCAUGUACAUUUUUAUAUGUAAGAUAACUUUGUAAAUAGCUGUUGAUCUUGCAGCAUUUUGAUGACUUUUUUAGUCGAUUUGGUAUAAUACUUGAAAAUUGGUAUUUUGUGUACAGUCUCUUUGUGUCAGAGCAGAUCGAUGCAGUUUGUCAUCACUUGUUUGUCAUCACUUGUUUGUCCAGGACUCAGAGAAUUGAAUCUGAUAUCACUGUACUAGUCUUAAGUUAUUGUGAUUCAAUAAAUUUAUUAAUUUAUAACUGAA